AUGCCGGGCUGUCCAGUCGGAAGAGGAGCCUCCGGCUGCCCUGGCGCGGCAGCCGUGUCCUGUGGGCGGGACGAGGUCGCUGCUCGCCGCGUCUCGCUCGGCAGCCACUGGUCUGCCCGGGGGCUGCGGCGUCCCGAGCCAACCUUCCGCCGUACUCCGGCCCGCGGCUUCGCGCUGUGCCCCUCGCCGGGGGCCGGGUCUGCAGCCUCCCCGGGUGAACUGUCCCGCGGACCGCCCGCCGGCCCCGAGGAGCGCAGGCCGUUCGAGAAGGUGGUGAACCGGGAGUCGCUGGUCAUCUCGGGCCUGCGCCACUUCACGGGGUACCGCAUCGAGCUGCAGGCCUGCAACCAGGAGGCCCCCGAGGAGCGCUGCAGCGUGGCCGCCUACGUCAGCGCCAGGACCAUGCCCGAAGCCAAGGCAGACGACAUCGUCGGCCCGGUGACCCACGAGGUCUUCGAGAACAACGUCGUUCACCUGAUGUGGCAAGAGCCGAAGGAGCCCAACGGGCUGAUCGUGCUGUACGAAGUGAGUUACCGGCGGCACGGCGACGAGGAGUUCAUCUGCGGCCGCAUCCCCAUUAGCUCCCUGGUGUCUCUGCUUCCAGAUACCUGGGUGCCUCUGACUUUCACUGUGCGAGGCAGUCGGGUCGGCCCCGGGAGGGAGGCGGUCCGCAGAGCCACGCACGGGGGCUCCAGCUUCCAGAGAAAGCGCAGCAUGUCACUGGCAGCAGAGCGGACCGUGGCUCGGGCACACGUCCCUGGUUUCGGGCAGCUGAUGGCUCAGGCAGCCGUGCUGCCUUCACGGCCUGGCGCUCCUGUGCGGGCAUCAGGUCUGCAGCGGCACCGCCCGUCCCGACAGCCCCUGCCCGGCACAGCCCCGCUGACUCUGCAGGGAAACGUGGAGCGAGGGACAAGCUACAGCCCACUUCAGAAAACCCUUAGUGUGGACAAGAUCGGUCCGACAUGA